AAAUGGAGGCAUCAAAGAAGCUUUUUGCAAUGUUUCUCAUUUGCAUUUUUGUGAUUUCUUCAUCUGUAGACAUCUCCAUGGCUAGCAAAGCAAUUACCAAUGAAAAAUUCAGAAAAACAUAUGAACAUAUUGGAAGUGAAUUGGAUAAUUGCUACUAUAAAUGUAGCACUGUAUGUGCCACCACUGGCAGGCCUAAAGAUAGUUGUAAUACUCAAUGUGGAGGUGAUUGCGUUCAGAGGAUUCUCCAAGUUUUUGCAGAAGAUAUUGAGAAAAUGAAACAUUAAUUUGAAGCUUCAAGAUGGACCAAAGGACGCAAAAUAUAUUUCUUAGAGAGAAAGAAGAAUAAAACAAUGUUUUUUCAUCUGUGACGUUGUACUUUGUAAUUUUCAAAUUUAAUAAAUUCGUUUAAUUUU